CAGUGUUGAGCGUGAUCCGCGUGCGUUUCACUCUCUCUCUCUGGUUCACGUGAACGGCUGCAUUUCGUAUUGUCUAGUAGUGCAUUCUGCUCUGCCGUGAGCUCCGUACUUGUAUGUGCAUGUACGAGCGGGAGUGUUGGUAUCAGAUAUUUUGAUCUCCCGAAGCGCCUUAUCGACGCGCGCGGUGAGCAGGGUGAAUUCUCAAGAAGUCCUAAAUAACGUGCGACAAUGACAGUUACACCAAAGAUUUCGGUCAACGACGGAAACCUUGUGGUUCAUGGGAAAACCAUACUUACUGGAGUUCCUGAUAACAUUGUUCUCACUCCAGGAUCAGGUGUAGGCCUUGUCACGGGUGCAUUCAUCGGUGCCACUGCUUCUCAUAGCAAAAGCUUGCAUGUUUUCCCAGUUGGGGUCUUGGAGGAUGUCCGGUUCAUGUGUUUAUUUCGUUUCAAGCUGUGGUGGAUGACUCAAAGAAUGGGAAGAUGUGGAAAGGAUAUUCCACUGGAGACUCAAUUCAUGCUGAUUGAGAGCAAAGACAUAACUGAAGGAGAGCUUGAAGACGCCCCCAUCAUCUACACUGUUUUCCUGCCUGUCCUUGAAGGGCAGUUCCGUGCUGUUCUCCAGGGCAAUGAGAAGAAUGAGAUGGAGAUCUGCCUUGAAAGUGGGGAUAUUGCUGUUGAAACUAACCAAGGACAUCACCUGGUUUACAUGCACGCGGGGACAAAUCCUUUUGAAGUUAUUAAUCAGGCUGUCAAAGCUCUUGAGAAACACAUGCAGACAUUUCAUCACCGGGAGAAGAAACAGUUGCCUGCAUUUCUUGACUGGUUUGGCUGGUGCACUUGGGAUGCUUUCUACACUGAUGUCACUGCUGAGGGCGUCAUGCAAGGACUUAAGAGCUUGUCCGAGGGAGGCACACCGCCACGCUUUUUGAUCAUCGAUGAUGGCUGGCAACAGAUUGGCAAUGAUAUCAAAGAAGACAAGAACUGUGUCGUGCAAGAAGGAGCUCAGUUUGCCAACAGACUGAUAGGAAUUAAAGAGAACGCCAAGUUCGAAAAGAAGGGAGACAAUGGCGAACAAGAAUCAGGACUAAAGCUUGUUGUAAAAGAAGCUAAGAAGAGCCACAAUGUCAAAUAUGUCUACGCAUGGCACGCUCUAGCCGGUUACUGGGGCGGCGUACAGCCUGCAGGUCGGGGCAUGGAACACUACGACACUGCCUUGGCAUACCCCUUGCAAUCUCCCGGCGUGCUAGGAAACCAGCCAGACAUCGUCAUGGACAGCCUCGCUGUCCAUGGCCUAGGCCUGGUGCACCCUAAGAAGGUCUUCAAUUUCUACAACGAGCUUCACGCCUAUCUUGCCUCCUGUGGAAUCGAUGGAGUCAAAGUCGACGUGCAGAACAUCAUAGAAACUCUCGGCGCCGGCCAUGGCGGAAGAGUUUCCCUCACCCGUAGCUACCACCAGGCCCUUGAAGCUUCCAUAGCUCGCAAUUUUCAUGACAACGGAUGCAUUUCCUGCAUGUGUCAUAACACUGAUGGAAUCUACAGCGCCAAACAGACUGCAGUAGUUCGAGCUUCCGAUGAUUACUACCCCCGGGAUCCUGCUUCCCACACCAUCCACAUUUCUUCAGUUGCCUAUAACACAUUUUUCUUAGGUGAAUUCAUGCAACCUGAUUGGGAUAUGUUCCAUAGCCUGCACCCGACUGCUGAGUAUCAUGCUGCAGCUCGAGCUGUAGGAGGAUGUGCAAUUUAUGUCAGUGACAAGCCAGGGAACCACAACUUUGAUCUGCUGAAAAAACUGGUUCUUCCUGAUGGCUCUGUUCUUCGAGCACAGCUCCCCGGCCGGCCUACUGUCGAUUGUCUCUUUGUCGAUCCAGCCAGAGAUGGAGCAACCUUGCUCAAGAUAUGGAAUGCCAACAAGUGUUCCGGCGUGGUAGGUGUCUUCAACUGCCAAGGCGCCGGCUGGUGCCGCGUCGAAAAGAAGACACGCAUUCAUGAUGCUUCCCCGGGCACCCUCACCAGCUCUGUCCAGGCAGCAGACGUCGACUGUGUAACCCAAAUCGCAGGAGCAGAUUGGGACGGCGAGGCUGUAGUCUACGCUCAUCGCUCCGGGGAGGUUCUUCGCCUUCCUAGAGGCGCUUCACUUCCUGUCACUCUUAAGGUUCUUGAGUAUGAACUCUUCCACAUUUGUCCUCUGAAGAAAAUCACAGCAAACAUUUCCUUCGCCACCAUCGGACUACUCGACAUGUUCAACUCCGGCGGCGCUGUCGAGCACUACAACAGCAGCCCUGAAUCAGAAAACUCAGCUCAGAACCGAUCCCCAUCCGCAACCAUAACUAUCAAGGCCCGAGGAUGUGGCCGGUUCGGAUUUUACUGUACUCAGUCCCCUCUGAAGUGCAUUGUCGACAACACUGCGACUACCUUCGACUACGAAGCUACAACUGGCCUGGCGACUCUCUCCAUUCCGGUGCCGGUAGAGGAGAUGUACAGAUGGUCCAUUGAAAUCCAAGUCUAAGUUCAAUUCCUCAAAUAAGUUAAAGAGUUGCGUUCAUCCAUCAUCAUCUAUCUUCAAUUCCUCUUGUAAUGUAAUAUGUAAACCACUCUAAGGAAGAAGAAACUGCAUAUCUGCAUCUUGCA